CUCUCUCUACGUGUUUUGCAGUAUUCCGUCCAGAAAUAUACACGCGCGAAACACGCCUCUUGAAGAAAAAUGGAAUGACAGCUUUAAAUGCCUGUGUAAAAAGACAGAAAAGAACACUCCCCGUCUGUUCGUUUUUUUCUUCGCUUCCUUACUCCCUCUCACUGUGUUCCUCUGUCUUCCAUUCGCUCAUUUUCAAGAAAACAUGAAGGAUAAAGAAGGGAGGAUUCCAGUGGGGACGAAUGUCAACUGAAAGUUUAAAAGAAGCUUCCGAAGAACAGGAGAGAGAGGGGGAGAGAAAGGAAAGGAACGGAUGGGAGGAAGGAAGGAAGGAAAGAAAGGAAAUUUUAAGCAUUGCAGCGCGAUAAAGGAUAAAUAAACAACAUAUGAACUCAAACUGAUUGAUCAUUUGCACAGCGCCUGGAAGCUUCAGUUGCCUGUGUCGCUCUGUUCACCUUACUUUUGAAGGAGUGAAAAUUGUAUGUUUCGUGUUUUAAGCUGCUGUGUUUUGCAAUAUUCAAUUACCAAAGACUCGCAACAGCUCACAAACGCUCCCCCGAAAGCCCCAGAUCUCAAGGACCCAGGCACGGACUCGGGCAGGUCGUUGAAGCCGGAGGAGAGGCGUUGCCACCCGCCGUUCUUGGAAAAUGGCUGGGGCAAAGCCGGGAGUCCACGCUUUGCAACUUAAACCGGUGUCCGUCCACGAGAUCUUGAAAAAAGGCAGUAAAUUCGUCAGAUGGGACGAAGAGCCGACCAGCAACACUCUGGUCACGCUGAAAGUGGAUCCUCAUGGAUUCUUCCUCUACUGGACCGGGGCCAACAUGGAGGUGGAAAUCCUGGACAUCAGUCUUAUCAGGGACACAAGGACAGGGAAAUAUGCUAAGAUGCCAAAGGACCCACGGGUGCGAGAGGUGCUGGGGUUCGGGAAGGGCGAGGCUGAAGCUGAGGUCAAGCUGGUGACAGUGGUCCAUGGCUGUGACCUGGUCAAUGUGUCCUUUCUCAACUUUCAGGCUUUGCAGGAAGAUACUGCCAAGGUGUGGACAGAGGAGCUGUUCAAGCUGGCCACCAACAUCCUGUCCCAAAACGCCUCCCGAAAUACCUUCCUCUUCAAAGCAUUCACCAAGCUGAAACUGCAGGUUAACCAAGACAACAAAAUUCCAGUGAAGAAUAUCCUAAAGAUGUUCUCCGAUAAGAAGCGGGUGGAGACAGCUUUGGAUCAGUCCGGCCUGGCCACCAAUAGGGCUGAGGGGAUCAAACCAGAUGAGCUGACAUGGGACAUGUUCCAGUCAUUUAUUAGGAACCUGUGCAUCAGGCCCGAGAUUGAGCGCAUCUUCGUGGAGCUUGGGUCAAAGGGAAAGCCCUUCCUGUCCCUAGACCAGAUGCUGGACUUCAUCAACCGCCGCCAGCGUGACUCUCGCCUCAAUGAGGUCCUGUACCCACCCCUGAAGAGGGAGCAGCUGCGCCAGCAGAUGGAGAGCUACGAGCCCAACUCCAGCCAGCUGGACAGAGAUCAGAUCUCGCUGAUGGGCUUCAGUCAGUAUCUGGGGGGAGAAGAGAAUUCCAUUGUCCCACCAGAGCGGUUGGACAUCAUAGACGAUAUGACCCAGCCUCUCUCCCACUACUUCAUCAACUCGUCACACAACACCUACCUCACAGUGGGCCAGCUGACGGGGCUGUCCUCCGUGGAGAUGUACAGGCAGGUGCUGCUCACAGGCUGCCGCUGCAUAGAGCUGGACUGCUGGAAGGGGCGCCUCCCUGACGAGGAGCCAUACAUCACCCAUGGCUUCACCAUGACCACAGAGAUCUCCUUCAAGGAGGUGAUUGAGGCCAUUGCGGAGAGCGCAUUUAAGACAUCCCCGUACCCUGUCAUUUUGUCCUUUGAGAAUCAUGUAGACUCAGCAAAGCAGCAGGCGAAGAUGGCUGAGUACUGUCGCACCAUAUUUGGAGACGCCCUACUCAUUGAUCCCCUGGAGAAGUACCCACUGGUCCCAGGUCAACCCCUGCCCUCCCCCCAGGACCUGCUGGGGAAGAUCCUCAUUAAGAACAAGAAAAAACACCAGCCCCGUGAGUCCACUGGGGGCAGUGUGCGGCGCCGGGCGGGUGAAGGGGACUCCAUUGAGCAAGCUUCCCCUAACAAUGACUGCCCACUUAAUGAUGGGGAGGUGGGUCAGCUUCUGUCCAAUGGAGAGGAAAAGCUGGCAGAGAGGAUGGUCAAAGAUGGGGAUCCGCGCAAGUCUAUUGAUCGAGGUGAAGCUGAGAGUGAGGAAGAGGAAGAGGAAGAGCAGGUGCCCGAGCUCAAGAAGCCCAACAGUGACGAGGGCACUGCGAGCAGUGAGGUCAAUGCUACAGAGGAGAUGUCCACCCUGGUCAACUACAUUGAGCCCGUCAAGUUCAAGACCUUCGAGGUAGCCAGAAGGAGGAACAAGUACUUUGAGAUGUCUUCUUUCGUGGAGACCAAAGGCAUGGACACUUUGAAAGGCUCCCCCAUAGAGUUUGUGGAAUAUAAUAAGAAGCAGCUGAGCAGGAUCUACCCCAAAGGCACCAGAGUUGACUCCUCCAACUACAUGCCCCAGAUAUUCUGGAAUGUGGGCUGCCAAAUGGUGGCGCUAAACUUCCAAACCCUCGAUCUGCCCAUGCAGCUCAACAUGGGUGUGUUUGAGUACAAUGGCCGCAGCGGCUACCUGCUCAAACCCGAGUUUAUGAGACGCACAGACAAGCACUUCGAUCCCUUCACAGAGAACAUCGUGGACGGCAUCGUGGCCAACACUGUCAAGAUCAGGGUGAUCUCAGGUCAGUUCCUGACAGAUAAGAAGGUGGGAGUGUAUGUGGAGGUGGACAUGUUUGGUCUGCCCGUCGACACUAAGAGGAAGUUCCGCACCAAGACGUCCAAUGGCAACUCGAUGGACCCUGUGUGGGAUGAGGAGACCUGUGUUUUCAGCAAGGUGGUUUUGCCAACCCUGGCAUCUCUGAGAGUGGCAGUGUUUGAGGAGAAUGGGAAGUUCAUUGGUCAUCGCAUCCUGCCCGUGUCUGCUAUCCGACCAGGCUAUCACUACAUCUGCCUGAAGAAUGAGCUGAACCAGCCACUCAUGCUGGCUUCUCUGCUGGUCUACACUGAAGCCCAGGACUACAUCCCCAAUGAGCACCAGGAGUAUGCAGAGGCCCUGACUAACCCCAUCAGACAUGUCUCCUUGCUGGACCAGAGGGAGCGACAGCUGGCUGCGCUCAUGGAGGACAACAAUGAGCGUGUGCAGGUGAGGUCAGAGGUCAGAGAGAACCCAGAUCUGCACCUCCCAUCAGAUGGUGGCUUUGCGUUUCCUGCACCUUCCCCUCAGACCCCACUUGUGGUCAGUGAUCUCAGCAACUCCCCUGGACCAGGACAGAAAGAAGACCUGAUAGCUACUGUUUUAACAGAUAUCCAGGCAGAGACUGUGGAGGAGUUGAAGCUGCACAGGUCCUAUGAGAAGCUUCAGAAGAAGCAUGCCAAAGAGCUGAAGGAGUUACGCAAGAAACAUCUGAAGAAGAUAUGGUCUCUGGGUAAGGAGCAGUGUAGUCGGAACCGACAGCCGAACUCAGACACGAAGAAGAGACGCAGCCAGAUGGAGAAUAAGCUCAAAAUCAGCCUGAGAAAAAGUGACCCCCCAGAGCACGUCCAGAAGCAGGAUCUGGAGAAGCAGGCAGUGCAGCUGAGGGAGUGGCAGAUGCAGGAGCUACUGGAGCUCAGAAGGAAGCAGCUUCAGGUGGAGAGAGAGAAGCGGCAAGUGCACCUGAGAGAGGCCCACAUGAAGCUGCGGGAGACAGCCCAAGACUGCCAAAAUGCCCAAGUUAAGAAGCUCAAGGACAUCUGUGAGAAAGAGAAGAAGGAGCUACAGAAGAUCCUGGACAGAAAGAGGCACAACAGCAUCACUGAAGCCAAGAACAAGGACCGCGAGAAGGCCGAGGUGGAGCUGAAUGAGAUUAAUAGGAAGCACAUCUCUGAGUCCGUUACUUCCAUCCGCAGGCUGGAUGAGGCACAAAAGCGGCGUCAGGAAAACCUGAAGCAACGGCAGAAGGAGGUCCUGCAGCUCAUCAAUGAGGAGAUGGAGCUGUUACAGUCCCGGCUGGAGAAAGACUUUGAGGCGGAGCUGAAGAAGCUGCCAGAGGAGAUCUGCCAGUACCUGCAGGGGGAGCUGGAGAGCAAGGGUCUGCGAAAUGAUGCCCUCUUCAGCUCUCUGUCCAACAAUGACAGCCCCAGCUCUGGCCCACCCUCCAACAGCAGCACGCCCCCUUUCCACUCACCCAGCCACAGCUGGCACGGUGAACGGAGCUUGGACAAUAGCAUCGCCUCGCUGGCUGAUUCCUCAUCCUCCAGCACGCCAGUCAUGUCGGAGGCGGAGCUUGCAUCAGCAUAGCUCACUCUCACUGGAUCAUCUGUAGAAAUAAUGUUUCUAAGAUUUUAAUUUCACUUCCAGAUCUCCUUUGUCAUUUUGGUUUUCAUCAUUUUUAUGGUUUAAAUCCUUCAUCCUGGUUAUCAGGGCUAUGAAUUACUUUCAUUUUCUGAACCAUGUUUUUAUUCAUUUUUACCAAAGCCGCUUGAUAUUUCCCUAUUAUUGGGUCUGAGGGAUGUUUUAGCUAGUUUUAGCCUGUUCUACAUGAAGGGGAAGUUUUACUUCACCAUUUGAUUUUAUUUAUUUAUUGGGAUUUUCUUUGCAUUGUGUGUCAGUAAGUAAUUAGUAGUAGUAAUUUGAUAGCUCCACCAGGUGGAGACAUUGUCCGGGGUAAGAAUAUGACUGUCAGUGUGGGGAUGUGCAGAGAAGCCACAGUAGUGAAUGGACUUGUUUACAUAAUGGCAUGUCCCUCAUAGCAUGAUAAUCGAGUGCUUAUCACUUAGCAGCUUAAUCAGGCACUUAGUGUUGUUGAUAUAAAUGAUGUUUCCUUGUUUCAUCAUAAUCAAAUAAUCAGUAAUCUCUAUUCAAUCAUUUGGCAGUAGGCCAAGGCAGUGUCCCUAGGUACAACAUGUAAGACAUGGUGUGUGUGUGUGUCUGUCUGAGUGUCUGAAUACAUGUGGGUGUGUGUGUGAGGGCAAAGGUAUUAGUGUGAUUUAUGAUGUAAAAAAACAGCCUCACCUCCGCAGAGCAGCAUCAUAUUAGAACAGCCCUGCCCUCCAAAAAAGCAAAAAGCAUUUCUCCCGCCAGCGUGAGCCCCUUCAGUCUGAAAGGGUUUACCGUAAUCCACACUCUCACUACGUAGUUGGCUGGGUGACUGUGUGUCGCACAAUCUCUGGCUCCACGCCAGAUUGGCAGUAUUGGGGCUUUCCAGGAGUGGGCUCUGCCCACACUCACAGAUAAAAAUAUUCAGAGGCCCAGAACCCUUUCUAUAUUAAAUAUAAAAAUGUAUCAAAUCCGCUUAACAAACUUUGCCUUGAUGACAUCUGGUCAGCUGCUUAAACCUCCUGAAUACAACAGAGUGUUGUCCUGCUUUGCCGUGUCAAAUGUUUUACCCUGCUAGGGCUGGUUUUAUUUUAGUUUUUACUCCACGAGUAGGCCUACUUUGUGCCUUUAGAGCCCAAGAGUUAGGAGAUGAGGAAGGAUUAAAGUCACUGCAGGAGCACUACUUUAAGAGCAAAAGGGAACAAAAUCAAAUUCGGCUGCUCUCCGUAAUGGUGUGGUGCUGGGAGGUCUUUCUGCCCAAGGAUAAGUUCCCAUAACAAUGAUAACGAGCAUGUGACAGCUCCACUGACUUCAGUGACAGAAAUGAUGGUGGUGGUAAUAAUAUAUCCGAGGCCAGGAAGCUGGAGAAUGACGGGACAGGUCACUGUGUGACCUUAGGUAACAGAUGGCCCCAGUCCAGCCUGAGGGGCAUACUGAUCUGGCGGUGAUCAGCGCAUGGUUUUUACCUUUACCAACAUGGCACAGGCUGUGUGUGCGUGCGUGCGUGCGUGCGUGUGUGUCUGUGUGUAUGUGUGUGUGAGAGAGAGAGGAAGUGGCUGCUUGGCUGGUGGUAGGUGAAGGCUGUGUUUUUAAAUUGGUCAGUAGCCAGGGCUUGGUAUCAAGUUUCAUUUAGCAGAAUUGGAGGCUAGCUUGUGAUUUAAUUUUGUAUGUUUUUAGCCCAGGAAAUGUAAGAUGUGCAUUGGUCUUGAUCACUAAUGAGGGGGUGGGCUAGAUUUAAUUUUUUAAUGAAGAUAUUGUUUGUCUUAUGUGUUUGUUUUAUUUUAGUUUUUUAUGAAUUUUACUACUGACUAAUGGUGGAGAAGACGGGGGCUUUAGCCAUGUUGGGGGAGGGGGGCAUUGUAAAGAGACAUAUGAGGUUAAAGUUCAUCAAUCCCCUAAGAGCCCCCAGGCCCCUGCCCUCUUCUACUGUCACCUGCUGCCUAUCUGUCAUUUUACUAUGUGAGGAAAAAUCUCAACAUUUAUUUAAACAUUUUAACUUUAUUUUUUAUUUUUAAUCUUCAAAUGAAAGAGUACGUCAUUUUUUUUUUCAGCUCCACAUCUGCACAUGAGCAGAUGACUAGGGAUCUGAGCUGACUGUGGAAAUGCGGUUAGUGUGGGCUGGUCAGCCACCUUUCUGUGGGUCUGUUUCAUCUGAACCAUGUUUAUUUGGUGUAGAUGUUCCCAGUAGAGUCUAAUUUUAAAGCAGCGCAGUGGUGUUCAUAAGAGGCUUACUCUGUCUGAAUAGAAUGCAAUGUAACAUAGGCUGCUGUGCUGUCUGACAUCGAUGAAGUAGAUGUCCUUCAGAACAGCCUGUAUGCUGCUCUGGAGAUGAUAGCAUACUGAAUUGUGCUAACACAAGCCAGAGAUUAGGAUACACAUCUACAGUGAGGUUUCCCCACUCUUUAUGUAGUUCUUUGCUUCUUAACUGAGGUUGCUUGUGGAAUGGAAUUUCCUAGAAGUGUGUCAGAUGGUGGAGACUGUCGCUGCAUGUUUCCAUGACAACCCUGGGCUCAGAGAAUCAGGAACACCCUUCUGCUGUUCAGGAGUCUUUUGUUGGCCCGGCAUUGUGCCACAUUUGCAGUUACGCACGAGCAUGUCUCUAUCUGUGUAUUUGCAUACUCCCCUUCAGAUAUGUAUAUGUAUGUUUGUGUGUAUCAUACCUUUAAGAGAGAAUUUUUUCCAAAGAUACUGCACUUUUGAUCUCCUUUGCCUCUUCCUCUCUCUCUCUGGCCCAGCCUGGUCCAGUAGGUUCCUGUCAUCAGCAGCAGCAGGAAGCGAAAAUGUGAGUUUGCCCUUAUCCACGCCCUAACCCAGGAACUCUUCCCGUUUUGGGGUCACGAGUCAGGACCGUGGCUGAAGGAAUCUUUCUAUGGCCUGUACCACUGCGGGAGUGUGACCACACCUGUGCCAAUCAAACGGCCGCAUCCAGGAAGUUCAGAGGUCUGUGGAAAGCCUUUGUCAGGGUUAUGUGUCUACAUGUCUGUGGGCUUUGCUACCUGUUACUUAAUCUGAAGGCUACAAGGCACCAAGCUCAUGGUACAAGUACAAGAAGUGAUCUCUGUCCACUGGCUCCCUGCCCUGUCUCAUUUCCUAUAUGACUAUCUGAAAUAGAAACUUAGUAUGUUAACACUGUAUGUAGAAAUCAGUAGUCUUGUGAAAGGGAAGUGUUAUUCAGGAUGUAAUUUUUAUUGUCUUGAUUAAUAAUAUAACUGUACAUUCAAUA